GCAAUUGCGAUUGACCUUCAGGGCCACCGUACACCCCAGCAGUAAGCUGCUAGUCACUUGGUCAUCUCCAAUUAGGGUUUUAUUAACUCGAGAUAAUGUGCCUAUGGUGCAACAUUGAAAGAUACAGCAGUGUAAAAACUUAGUUUAAAACUUAAUUUAAAACACUUCCGCUCUGAAAGGGUUCAUCAACACAAUACCACCUUUAACUUCAACCCACAGAGCUCAGUGCAGCUGCUGUCUCUAUGGCAACACUGGCAGUAACAGGCGCUCCAGCCGAGCUCCGAGCUGCUCUGAGAGAAGGCAGGAGUAAUCGAUCCCAGAAACAUCGAGCGACCGCUGCUACAAACACCCAGGAGCAACGGUGAGAGGAGGAACCGGCUGCGGGGCCGCUCUACAUAUCGUUAACCGACAUGACGGUCGGUGUGUUGUUCACGGGGUGACGUCACCAGGACUUUCACGUGCCACGAUGCUGCAGCUACCUUUAGUGGUGACAGCAAAGGUGGACCUGGUCCUGCUGCUGGUCUCCCUGCUGGCCCUCUGGACCAGACUGAGCCGCCUCAGCUACCCGAACGCUGUGGUGUUCGAUGAGGUGUACUAUGGCCAGUUUGUGUCUCUCUACAUGAAGAGAGUUUUCUUUGUUGACGACAGCGGACCUCCGCUCGGUCACAUGAUUCUCGCCCUUGGAGCCUACAUGGGAGGAUUUGAUGGGAACUUUGUGUGGAACAGGAUCGGAGCAGAGUAUCCCAGCACCGUGAGUGUGUGGACUCUGCGCUUGCUGCCUGCUUUAUGUGGAGCUCUUUGUGUUCCUCUGGUUUACCUCUUGACUCUGGAGCUGAGGUUCUCUCACCUGGCAGCUCUGGGAGCAUCACUGCUGCUGCUGCUGGAGAAUUCUCUGAUCGUCCAAUCCCGUUUCAUGUUACUGGAGUCUAUUCUCAUCUUCUUCGUGUUGCUGGCCUUCUUUUCUUACCUGCGAUUCCACAACACUCCUGACAGCUGGUUCAGAUACUGCUGGCUGCUCCUCUCUGGUGGCUCCUGUGCUGCUGCUGUCGGGGUGAAGUACAUGGGCGUGUUCUCCUACCUGCUGCUGCUGGGCGUGGCCUCUGUGCACACCUGGAACCUGAUCGGAGACCGAACUGUCAGUCACCUGAGUGUGUGUGUGCAGUGUGUGUGUCGAGGUGUGUGUCUGUUGGUCGUUCCCGUCCUUCUCUAUGUGUUCUGGUUCUACCUCCACCUGAGUCUCCUGCACCGCAGCGGACCACACGACCAGCUGAUGAGCUCCGCCUUCCAGGCCAGUUUGGAGGGCGGUCUCUCCAGGAUCACUCAGGGUCAGCCUCUGGAGGUCGCUUACGGCAGUCAGGUGACUCUAAGAAGCUCCGCCUCCCAGCCAAUCCCAUGCUGGCUCCAUUCACACAAAGCCAACUACCCAAUCAGGUAUGAAAAUGGGCGGGGCAGCUCUCACCAGCAGCAGGUCACCUGUUACCCAUUCAAAGACGUCAACAACUGGUGGAUCAUCAAAGACCCCGGCAGACAGGAGCUGGUGGUCAGCAGCCCCCCUCGACCUGUCCGUCACGGUGAUGUCAUCCAGCUGGUUCACGGGAUGACCUCGCGCUUCCUCAACAGUCAUGAUGUUGCAGCUCCCAUGAGCCCUCAUGCUCAAGAAGUGUCCGGUUAUGUCGACUUCAACGUCUCCAUGCCCGCACAGAACCUUUGGAGGGUGGAAAUCUCUAACAGGGAGGCGGAGUCAGACUCGUGGAAGACGAUCUUGUCUGAGGUUCGAUUGAUCCACGUCAACACCACAGCUGUCCUCAGGCUGAGUGGUGUGUCUCUUCCAGACUGGGGUUACCGUCAGUUGGAGGUUGUUGCAGAGAAGCUGUUUAAAGCUCACAGCAGCAGCAGUUUGGACUGGACCGUGGAGGAGCACAGAUACGGGACCAGUCAGGAGCAGAAGGAGAGAGAGGUGGAGCUUCACUCUCCGACUCACAUCGACGUGGACAGGAAGAUUUCCUUCUGGGCGAAGUUUCUGGAGCUUCAGGUGAAGAUGCUGACGGUGAAACAGGAAGACUCCGAGCACAAGUACAGCUCCUCCCCUCUCGAGUGGGUCACCAUGGAAACCAACAUUGCGUACUGGCUGCACUCCUCCAACAACGCUCAGAUCCAUCUGAUUGGUAACCCAGUUUCUUGGGGUGUGGCCAACCUCAGCCUGUUGGCCUAUCAGCUGCUGGCAGCUGUCUACCUGCUGAGGAGGAGGCGGGGCUUCAAAGACCUACCUGAUGGUGUGUGGUGUCAGUUUGUGUGUCUGGGAUGUGUGUGUGUUGGCGGUUGGUUGGUGAACUUUGUCCCGUUCCUCCUGAUGGAGAAAACUCUGUUCCUGUACCACUACCUGCCCGCCCUCUGCUACCUGUACCUGCUGAGCCCCGCCCUGCUGGAGCAUGCACACACUCACCUGCUCAGCAAAGUGACACACCGGCGAGCGCUGUAUGUGUGUGCGUCGGCUGUUUUGGUGUCGGUCUUCCUGUCGUAUCGAACCUUCUGUCCGUUGACCUACGGCAGCCCCGAGCUGUCGGCCAAUCAGCUGCAAGAACUGAAAUGGAGAAACUCCUGGGACAUCCUGUACCGCCGCCGAUAGUGCGACAUCAGGACUCUGUCUAAAUGACAAGACUCGCUGGAGCGCCACAUCAUGAUCACACACUGACACUGUGUCCAAGAUUGGAUGUUUUAAAGUCACUGUUCCUAGAUUGAACAUGCAUAUCUGAGGACAAUGUCAACAAAAAUCAUGUGACUGCACCUUGAGGGGUGUGUCUGAGUGAAAUGGAUAAGUUAAAGGAGGAGCUGCAGUCCUGUGAGCUCAAACUGCAGGUCUGCAGUCUGUUUAUUCUGACAAUGUUACUAAUAAACUGUCAUCAAACAGGACUCUGCUGUCAUAGUGCAUUGCAUCCUGCUGCAGUGCUCUGUGAUCAGCUCAGAAAAUGAAUGCAGAUUUUAGAGUUUUUGGAAAAGUUUUUAACAACAUUUUUAAGUCUGAGCUGCUCGAUCAGCCGCUGGUGAAAACUGUUCCUGAAUCAGUUUGUAGUUCUAACAAAAAGAGCUGCUCCAAUAGAUUUAACACCUGCUUUGAGAUUUUAAAUAACACAAUAAAGGAAACUACAGAGAGUAAAA